CACGCUCUCCCUCGCUCCUCCUCCCUCCCUCCAACCUUCGCUCCGCGACCGCUGUGCUCGCUCUCGUUCGUUCAUUCCGUCCGGUGGUCCGUCCGCCACUCAGCCGGUUGGCCGGUCAGGUGGCAGUUCGGUCGGUGGUCUGGUCGGUGGGCCGGUCGGGCUGUAACACGCCUGCCUGCCCCGCUGUCGGCCCGGCAUGCGGUUGUGCCGUUGGCGCGGGGAGGGAUGCAGUCUCUGCUCUGUUCGUCCGUGCCGUGCAGUGCCUCCGAGGUGCAGGCGUGCGGGAGCGAAGGAGCUGCCCUCCUACUAGGGGUGUGUGGGUGUUUCGGGGCGUUUCGCCCGCGCUACAAGGUCCUUGUGGACAGCAUCUACCCUAUAAACCCACAGGAUGGCCUGGUGAAGCCGAGCAUGGAGAGGCUGACGUUCUACGCCGUGUCGGCGCCCGAGAAGCUGGACCGCAUCGGCUCGUACCUGUCUGCCAGGCUCAGCCGCGACGUGGCCCGGCGACGACACGAGUAUGUCGUCAUCUCCAUGGAGGCCCUCGACAAGCUGCUCAUGGCGUGCCACUCGCAGUGCAUCAACCACUUUGUGGAGAGCUUCCUCAAGAUGGUGCAGAAGCUCCUCGAGUCCAACGAGCCACAGCUGCAGAUCCUGGGAACCAACUCGUUUGUGAAGUUUGCUAACAUUGAGGAGGACACCCCCUCGUACCACCGCCAGUACGACUUCCUCGUCUCCAAGUUCAGCGCCAUGUGCCACUCGAACAUCGAAGACCCCACCACUUGCACUGACAUCCGCAUGUCAGGCCUGAAGGGGCUGCAGGGCGUUGUGCGCAAGACCGUGAAGGACGAGCUUCAAGCCAACAUCUGGGAGCCGCAGCACAUGGAUAAGAUCGUGCCCUCGCUGCUCUUCAACAUGCAGCACGCCGACAGCUCGGAAGGCCAGACUCCGGGCUCGCCGGCACCCAUGGAGCAGGAGAAGCCGGAGAGCCUCGCCGAGAGCUGCCUCCGCGAGCUGCUGUCCCGCGCCGCCUACGGAAACAUCGACAGCAUCAUCCGGCCCGUGCUGAUGCACCUGGACGGUCACUCCCUGUGGGAUCCCAACACCUUCGCCGUCCGCUGCUUCAAGAUCAUCAUGUACUCCGUCCAGAACCAGCAUGCCCACAUGGUUCUGCAGAAGCUGCUCGGCCACCUGGACACGCACAGCAAGGCCAGGGCGACCGUGCGCGCCGGGGUGGUGCAGGUGCUGUCCGAGACGGUCUCCAUCGCCGCAGGGGGCUCCAUCGGUCCGGCCGUGCUGGAGGUGUUCAACUCGCUACUCAAGCACCUGAGGCUGAGCGUCGACCAGGAACUGCGCUGGAGUAAUGUGGGGGGACAGGACGACAGCGCGAUGGAUGGCGCCAGCGCCGAGGCCAUGUUCCAGGAUUCCGUCGUCAAAACUAUAGGCUCCUUCGCGGGGAUCCUGCCUGACUACCAGCGCUCCGAGAUUAUGAUGUUCAUCAUGGGCAAGAUGCCUUUGCACGGAGUCGGAGUGGAUAUGGGCAGCACUGGAGACAAGGAGCAAGCCGACCACAUGUAUCAGGUCAUGCUGCUGAGGUCCGUGUUGAAGGUGGUGCCGGAGCACAAGGCAGCAGGCAGCCUGCUGUUGGCGCUGCCUGGCCCCGUGCUGGAGCCGCUGCUGUGGCCGGCGCUGCUGGAGGAGGCGGAGGCGCGCGUGCUGGCGCUGCGGGUGCUGCACGGGCUGCUCGACCGCCACCACAACCUCGACAAGCUCACCGCCGUCCGGAUCGUGCACGACCUGGCAAGCCUCAAGCUGAAGAUGGAGAAAUGUUCCAAGCAAGACGCCACCUUCAUGAAGAAGAACGGACAGCGGCUGUACGGCUGGCUGUACGAGAGCUGCGUGGCGGAGGGGAACACGCGCGCGCACUACGAGGCGCUGUACGUGACGCUGGCGCUGCUCGCGCUCGAGACCGGCGGGGAGGAGUUUGUGGCCAUCGACCUCGUGCGCCUCGCGGUCGCCUUGCAGGAGGCGGCGCUGGAGGAGGAAUCGUGCUCCUCGGUGUUCGCUCGCUGCGCCACCCACGGCGUCGUUGCCGCCUUCCUCAGCCUGCUGGCGCAGCGCCCGGCCCUGAGGCCGCUGCUGCAGCACGUGACGGCCGUCGUGGAGCACAGGAGGAAGGUGGCUCCAUACCUCUUGCCUGACGUCGCGCUCGCAGAAAACCCACGCCUGCCCAGCAGCACGCCCAAGGAGGACAAGUCGCUGCUCUUCCUGCCGAGCGUGAUGGCCGAGGCGCUGCAGAUCGCCGGCCUCAACGGCGAGCGGGUGACCGUGCCCUUCGUGCCGCUCCUCCAUGACGAGGACGCGCGCUCGCACAGGAAGAGCAUCGUGGACACGGUCUCCAUGCAGCUGGACCUCGAGUGGAACGAGGGCACCGACGUCGGCCAGGUGGAAGAGAUCACCUUUGAAAUGUUGAAGAACGCCAUGGUGGACAGCGCGUCACGUGACGAACAGGAGAAGGAGAAGAGGCGGAAGGUGAUGGAGAAGUUCCAGAAAGCCCCGUUUGAGGAGAUCGCCGCACAGUGCGAGGCUCGGGCGGCGAUGCUGCAGAGCAAAUAUGACCAGAUAUUCGAGAUCAAUAUCCGGCCACCGCCCAGCCCGUCGGGCUCCGUGCCCGGGAAACUGGGCCAGAUUCCGUGCCGCUCCGUGCCCGUGUACGAGAUGACUUUCCCCGACCUCUGCGUCUACUGAAGGCGACAGUCGGAUGCGGGGGAGAGCGUUGGAUGGCAGAAGACUCGCGGCAGGCAGGCUCGACCUUGGAUUGUCCGAGACACCAGGCACGUGUGGUGUGUGUGUGUGUAUGUGGUGGGUCGUAAAGUCCCAGUGCUGUGGUGUGCGACUGGGCCAAAGCCCCUCGAUCUCCAUUCUGCAUCGUGUGUGUGUGUGCGCGCGCGCGCAGCCGACACCAGCUCCAUUACUGCGUAGGAUUUCGUGUGUUUCGCCGUUCUUAGCUCUCCGAUGUGUUUUCAAUCAAGUGCCUGAAGGAGGCACGUGGAGCGAAUCGUCGGACAUCGUGCCGAACAAAACCACCACGGCACAACCCCCGAAAACGCAUCGGAGAGCUCGACAUUACCCCCCGUUUAUACAGAGGGCUUCUCGAUUCACAGUGAAUUGUCAUCGGAGCCAGACGGGCAGGCAUGUUAUUGCAAACGCAUUAAGAAAGAGUAAACGGGAAAUGCUUUCCAUAAAUAAAUCGAGAGCCCAUACUCGGCGUUUGUUUUGCAUCUUGUGGAAUUGAGUGCGUAUAAACUUUUCCGCAUAUGCGCACGUUUACACGCAAAUCCUCAGCCUUUCUAAACAUCAAAAACCAUUACAAAAGCCAGCGGAAUUCGUGGUUGGUUGGUGCUGCAUAGAGUAUAUUUUGGAGCAGUAAAAAUAGCGUAUUUUCUUCGAGUUAAUGGUAUCUCGCUUAACUCUGGCAUUUAAACACCAGCCCUUUCCUUUGGCUCGAAUCAUUGGACGCUUUCUCCGGGGCUGCCCCCACGAUUUAUUCAUUCCUGCCUUUGGAGGCGUUCUCUUACUUGCAGUGUACUGAACUGCACAUUUUGUAACGAAUGACCAAUACUUGGAUUUUAACAGUUGACGGAUCGCACUCAUCGCGUGGGACGUUCUUGGAUAAGCUACCUUACUAGACAACACUUGAGUUUUGACCGAGGGCCUAACAAGGAGCAAUAUAAAUAGGUUGACCUUCGUGCAGUACGAGUAUGUGUUUGUACGUCUUACGAAGUAGGCUCUGCGCUAUAUAUAGAUAUUUUGGGUGGUGACUCUUUGCGUGUGCACCGUUUGUCCAUUCGCAACUGGUUCUAGGUGCGUGCGCUGACGGAGGCAUUUUAAUUUUUUCGUGUCCUGCGCCGGCAAUUGGCGAAUGGAGCUUUAACGUUUUACAUCUAAUGCUGGAGUGAUUGAUUUAUUUAGCACACGCGCGUGCGGCAUUACGUCGCCAUUUGUCCGCAGCGUAAAAUGUUGAUGGGGGAAAUCUUCCCGCGGGCGGCAUGUAGUCUCGCUCGGACGGCGCUUGCGAUGACUGCCAACGUCCCAACACAAACCAAACGAAGGACGAAUUGUAGAUGGGAGUGGCCGUUCUUGUCCCGUGGCAGGGAUGGUGAUGGCCGAGGUGGCUUACAGCACUUUGUAGAAUUAUACAACCAGCAGCGAGAGAGGCGAUAGCAAAGUGUGGAAUGGUGGGUUUUGACAAGUUGAGAUGAAGCACUUGCUUGGACAUCCUUUCCACACGGUGGUUACUGUGGCCACUGCUAAUAAUGUGGAAUUAACAAAACGUAAGCCGGGCCAACCAGUCCAUUGAGCAAUUGUUCAACCAAACGUACGGAUGCACUUAAGAGUAUAAAACGCAACACGAGGUUAUCGAACGCAGACACGGCCCUAAGCCCCUGCGUAGGAGUGGAUAUGGCACAGGACGCGCUCUCGCCCCUCGGUCCACUACCUAGAGCCUCCCGGCUCCGUGAGCUGCGUGUGCCGUGUGGUGAGAGGUGAGAGGGCGUUGCGAUGCCACCCUCCGUCGCUGCUGCUUGUUCGUAAUUAUUGGGUCCCAGGGCCACGAUGAUUAAUCGACUGUCGGUUCAACAGCGGUGAUGCAACUUGUAUGGCGAAACCUUCGGAGUUCUAAUCCUGCCAAUUUGGUUAUGCACGCACUUGCGAAAUCUUUCAGUUUAGUUGUUCUGAGGGCAUUAUAAAUCGGUGUGCUUCGGGAUUAAGGAAUGUACAGGAAUCGUCUGGCUAAAUCAGUGUGCCAAUGAUGAUUAUUGUUUUGAGCACUGCAUACGUUAUGCCAAAUGAUCGAGGAUUGUAUAAGUGUAGGUUUAGGGUGGUGGUUGUGAGAUUGGUGGUGAGCGAAGUGAGAAUGGAGGUUGUUUCAAUUUAAAGCUUUCGUGACUGCAGGGAUUCAUCUUCUUGGUUCUUUCGGUAAAGUCACGUAGAAUGGAAAUAAUAAAAUAAUAAAAAUAAAACAUAAUAAAAUAAUUCUCACUAAGAAUUGCGAUAAUUAUUUGUGAGAAUUAUUUUAUAAUGUUUUAUUAUUAUUUUAUUUCCAUUCUACGUGACUUUACCGAAAGAACCAAGAAGAUGAAUGGAGGUGUUGUUAAUCAAAAAACGCUCUUGGCAAUACUGUUGCAUUAAAAAUAUAUAUGUGUGUCUGCACCCAUUGAGAUGGCCGGUUGUGUGGAGUGGGGGUCCACAUCCUACUCCGUCCUGUUGGGUGGGUCAGGUGGGACGAUGAAGGGCACGGUAAAGGACGGUCGGUUAUGGCCACUCCCUUGGAGGUGAGGUCACCGCUUUUGGUCAGACUCGGGACUCAACAGAGUUCUCGAUCUGCCUGGUGCCUUCCACGAGCUGGACCCAGCCUCGAGCGUCAGCAGAACUCUCGACUCUCAGUUGAGUCCCUCGAUUGAACAACUCGAUUCGAUGGCGGCGCGUUUGCCUGCACGCUCUUAACAGACCACACACGUGCAAAUGUUGACCUGCCCGUGCCGCGAACGUGCGGGGCGCAGUUCAGCGAAUGUCGUUUCAAGGUUAUCGAGGAGCAAUGCAAAGCAGGCUUUGAUCAGCCAACGAGGCGUUUGUAGAACGUUUUAGGGAAUGUGAUUUACUGUUCAAUGGAUGCACACACACACACACGCACGCCUUACACGUUAACAUGUAUCAUGGUGUAUUCACACAAACUCGCUAUACAUUUUGAUUAGUAUAUUGAUGCAAACACGCCUAUACGUCUUUGAUUAGCAAUCGCUCGUCAAUUCUUAACAGCCGGCUUAUACGAUUGUAAUAUGUUACACAUUUGGGUGGGUGGGUGGAGGUCGCAUUAAUUACCAAAGUGCGUAGUUCGCUACAAAGUGGUCCUUGAAGAAGGCGUGAUGUCGUCUGUCAGAAGAGCGGGUCAUUAUGUACCGAUGUCAAGUGUCAGAUUGCAAAUGUUCAAAUUACCAGAAACUAAAAUCGAAGAGAAACCCUGAUGUCAGUGGGUGCAAAAAUCAUCACUGUUUUUACAUCAAUGUCCGUUCUGGAAAUGGAUAAUGAAUUCUCGAUGGCCUCACCUGGUCUUUGAGUUAUAAUUUGCCCAGGCGCGAGUCAUAAAUUGCCCGAUGCUUGAGUCACUGUCUUAACGGUCCAAUGGUCGACGAUCACUCUUGAUGAUGCGGAAGUGAUGGUGGCGACACUGGGCACGUAAUGAUUAUCUUGGGAUUCGAAUUGAUCCGCGCACGCACUUCGCGAUGCAAUGCAUCCAAUUCCGAGCGCGACAAUCGUUUACAAAUUUUGAUUUAAAGCUUUCGUGACUGCAGGGAUUCAUAUUCUUGGUUCUUUCACGUAGAAGGGAAAUAAUAAAAUAAUAAAAAUAUAAAACAAUUAUUAUUUUCCUUCUACGUGAUUUUGCCGAAACAACCAAGAAUAUGAAUCGUUUACAAUUUACGAUCAUUAUGUACAAAUGUUCAAGUUGAGAACUAAUGGAGCCGAACACUGUCGUGUGUAGGUGAGACUGCAUUAACUGAGAAGGCUGCAAGAGAUACAAGAAUAAAUUGCAAUCCUGUGACAAUCCAAUUGAGAUGGGGGGUGGGGGGGAGAAUCAAUACAUGCCAAGUGUUGUACAUAAAUAUACCAAUUCCAGCAUGGGCACGCGACUCGGCCUGAUUUGACCAAUUGGUGAGUGUGUGGCUUGCGGCACCCUAAUCAAUCACCAGCUCUGGCUGAGUGUCGUAAGUAGCGGUAACUCGGAAAACGAUCAGCCGUCCAUUCUGUUCAUUAUGCGUUUAGCAACUGUUACGUGGCAACUAAUUGACCACAUUAAAGCCAACGGCUAGCAGGUUUUACAACGCGAGGUUCUCCAUUUCUAGUAUCUCAUAGUAAGGCUGCUGGCAUACACAUGGGUCCUGUAAAGUAGUAUCUCACAUUGAUUUGCCAACUUACAAUUAAGAUUCCAUGGGAUUCAAUAACUGCCUAGCUCCCCCCUCCCCCCGUCUCUUUUUUUUACUUUUAUCUUUUGCACGUGCACUGAUGUAGUCACUUCACAAGAUAUUCAGCCUCCGGUCUCCACCGAGGUCCAGUUUCACCGCAUCUGCCAAUCGAUAGCUGCCGCCCACGCUACGCCCUUGUUUAUUCUUCGGGAGUGCACCUUGAACCGGCUAAGAAUGCAAGGAGAUCCAUUUGGUUCUGUGACCUUCGCGAAAAAGACACGUGGCUUGUGAAAUGUUCCGCGUAAAAAAAAAACAAUUAGCAGCGUGAAACAUGAAAGGCAACUUUGAUGUUGAUUCAUGUUGACAUUGGCCUCAUGACGUGGACAUUAAAAUUUCAGCUGGACUUAUUUUCAAUGUGCCUUCCGCUCCCCUAUGAAUGGGCUGAUUUGAUACGAUUAUAUGGCCUUGAAAUUGAGAAUUGUAAAAUUAAGGUGGUUUCAUUCAGUGUAAUUGGUUCACAGUUUCGGACAUGGAAGUGUGCUAUUAAAAUGCCCGGCUUUCUAGCCUCAUGGAAAACGUCACAAUUGAGUCAAGGGCUGCAGCACCGUUGGUGGGCUCGGAAAAUCUGGACCGGAGUGAGGCAUGGAGACUGGAGUUUGUUCGAGUGCUUGCGUUAUUUUUGGACCAAAUAAUGGAUGAUUAUCACUCCCAACCUCUCGCGUUGUCGCUCCGCUGUGCAUUACUGCGGUACGUUGUGCGCUGUUGGGCUCUUACUUUAUUUCCAAUUUAUGAAGCUCGUCACGUUUUCACUUAUUUAUUGCGGUCAUCAAUUCAUGUUCUCUUCAGCUUUACAUUCACGUGAUUUGUUUCUGUGCAAUAAAGUGGAGAAUGUAUUGUUA